AUGGCUCCUCCACUGCUUCACUACCGCCUCAAGGACAGGAAAGACAAGGCCCGCCUCAUCACUGAGUUCGAAGCGACGCAACAGGCACGCGAAGAUGAGAUCAAAUCGGUAAUCAAAUGGUUCGAACGCGUUGGACUCAACCAUGCAGAGCUCAGUGAAGGUCUUCAGUUCUCGGCCACCGUCCUGGAGAAACAGGGUAGCUUGGCAACGGAGUGGCGCAUCGACAGCUUGUACAACGAACUUGGGAUGGAGGACAAGCUAGAAAAGCUUGAGGAGAAGGAGGCGCAGCUCAUGGCGAAGGAUGAGGAGAUCAAGGCGAAGGAUAUGGAGAUUCAGGCGAAGGAUGAGGAGGUCAAGGCGAAGGACGAGGAGAUCAAUGCGAAGGACGACGAGAUCAAUACGAAGGACGAGGAGAUUAAUGCGAAGGAUGAAGAGAUCAAGGCGAAGGAUGAACAGAUUGCCCAGUUGAUGAAGGCAUUGAAGGCCAAGGAUGAAUUGCUUGCUCUGAAGGAUGAGCACAUUGCCAAUCUCAAGGCUGAGAAAGAGCAGGCGGAACUCCAGAAGCAAAAUUGGAAGGGGAAAUCGGCCCUCUACAAGCGCGAGCUGGAUGAGCGGAGCGAGAAUCUUGGACGUGCUGGUACUGGCAAAACGUUGACCUUGCCGAUGCGUGGAGGACGACCCCGUCGAAACGGGGAGGGCAUCUAG